AUGGAGACCCUACCCGUUCCCCUCGAAGUCAUGGUCAAGAUAUUCACAGCCUGCGCUUCAGCGACCACACGACUCCAUCCCAACGUGGCUCCUAUCCUUCUCACACGAGUCUGUCGCGAGUGGCGCACAGUAGCCCUCUCCACACCGGAGCUUUGGAUGGACCUCUGCGUCUCGCCUGUCGUCCUCGGGUCUGAACCCGUCGCUCUAGCUCUCAAGACCUACCUCGCCAGUUCGAACCCUCUCCCAGCAAAGCUAUCACUCACCGCAGCAACCAACGACGAAAGGCUAGUGGAAGAUGACUUUGUGCAGUACACGCUCCCCGUCGCGCGAGAUAGCACGAACCUGACCUCGCUCGAUAUCUCCGUCCUGAAAAUCGUUUCAACGCAUCAGCAAGCGUCUCCGCCAGCUACGACGACGACAUCACUCCCGGUUCCCUUACCACACCUCUCGACUCUCCGCAUUGACACUGAGUAUUUCACCUCCAUCGCUCGUGUGAUCGCCCUUCUCUCCGUCCCCAACCUCACAUCUCUCCACCUCAUCCGUACCAACCCCGCCUGGAGUAUCAGAGACCAACAAUACGUCAGCACAUUCCUUACGCUCAUUGCCACCGUUGCUCCCACUCUUCACACCCUCGAACUCGGCUUUCAACUAAGCUGGCUCAGUCAAGAUCUCCAGCUGGCCCUCAUCGACAUCCACGCCCUCACUUCUCUUACCCUCCACGAAGUAGCCUACACCACCCCCGAAUUCAUGGAGAAGUUCACCUUGACAUUUUCGCCCGACGGGAGUCUCGUUUCAGGGCAGAACGCCGGGUUGAAGAGACUGGUCAUUGAUAUGAGUCACGGGGUGACGGACGCGAGGUGGUCGGACCACGAGAUGUAUGACAUGUACAUGAAGCAGUUCUUCCCGGCCGUCGUCGAGAUGGUCCUUUCGAGGACCAAACGCCUCCCGAGAGCUGCCAUCGACUCCGGUGCAGCCAGGCCACUUGAGUAUUUCGGCGUCGGACCUCAUUUCGCACAGGCGUUCAGGGGCGAGAUCGAGGCGGAGUGGGAUGAGGUUAAGCGGGGAUGGGCAGACCUUGAGGGUAUUGUCAACUUCGUAGAACGCGAUACGGGCUGUGGGUGCUUCUGA